UGGUGGCGACGGUGCGUCCAGGAAAGGAUGUUCAUGAUGCAGAAGCUGAGGAGGUGUUGGCGGACCCUGAUGCCUGCGAUGCUGGCGAUCCUGGUGUUCAUGACGCACAUGUUCUUCAAAAACUACGUCUCCCGGGAUAUCAAGUUGAUACAGGCGAAGGAAUGGACCCCGCAUACUCUCGCGUUGCCAUCCAGCCAGCAAGCGUUCGAGGCGGCGGUGCAGAUGAACGCGACCGCCGCCACCACCACCACGAACACGACAAGCGGGAUGCCGGAGCAUCGCGGCUGGGACAUCACGCACAACACCUGCGAGCCCAAGGCCAAGUACCUCAAGCGGUGGUGGUUCAAGUCCUUCGACCCCCUCUUCAAAGGUGACGGGCGACGGUGCGCUCCCGGGGUCAUCGUGGGGCCACGGGGUUGUGGGGCUGUGGGGUCAUGGGGUCACGGGAUCGUGGGGUCACAGGAUCGUGGGGUGGUGGGUUGUGGGGUCGCGGGGUCAUGGUGUUUCCACCUCCGAGAGCGGUCGUCACAGCAAGCGUCGCAACAUCACUCGACCCCCCCAAAAAAGAUGACGUCACAGAACUACUUUUCUUUGAUCUCUGCUCUGAUCUCUAUCUGGUUGUCUCUCGUCUAA